CGUUUCUUAGCAAUCUCCUGCAAUCUGCACAUCAGUGAUCCAAUGGAAGAUGCAGAGAAUGACAAGAAAAGGGGCACAGAGGAAUAUGACUGUCUACACAGAGAGCAACCACUAUUGGACAUUAUGAGGAACAGGUGCAUGUCUAUUUACCACCCUAGACAGCACAUUUCUGUUGAUGAGAGGAUGAUUGCCACCAAAGCCAGGAUAUCCUUCAAGCAAUAUAUGAAGGCCAAGCCUACUAAGUGGGGCAUAAAACUUUUUGUGUUAGCUGAUGUCAACGGCUACACCAUUGACUUCAAAAUCUACACUGGGAAGUCAAAAUUUGCAUCUGGGAAAGGCCUGUCUUUUGAUGUUGUCACAUCGUUGGUGAACCGAGACUACCUGGGGUCAGGCUAUGUGAUUUACUGUGACAAUUUCUACACAAGCCCUCUCCUCUUUCGACAUCUGCACCAGCUGGGAUUUGGCACAUGUGGAACUUAUCGAGAAGGAAGAGUUGGUGUUCCCUCAACCAAACAAAAUGCCUUGAACAAAAGGUCACCAAGAGGCUCCAUUCGCUGGAUCAGAAAUGAUGUCCUUUUGUUUGUGAAGUGGAUGGACACAAGGGAGGUCUCCAUGUGCACAACUAUCCACACAGUGUACAGCGGGGAGACUGUGCUAAGGUGGCAGACGACAGAGGAUGGGCGAAAAGAGAAGGUCCCUGUUCCCAGGCCAACAGCAGUUCAGCAGUACAAUAAGUAUAUGGGAGGAGUUGACACCUCUGACCAGAUGCUCGGAACAAAUUCUGUGCACCGUAAAACACGGAAGUGGUACAUGACAAUUUUCCAGCACUUCCUAGACAUUGCAGUGACCAACAGCUUCAUUUUACACAAAGAGCUGUGUGCCAUCCACCAUGACAAGCACAUGACACGGCAAAACUUUCAGGAGCUGCUAGCUGCUCAGCUCACAGGUGUUCCCCUGGAUGGCAGCCCGAGAGAGAGAUGUGAUCAUCUGCCUGUUCCUGUGAGUAACACUCAAAACCUUUCAGAGAGGGCCAGCAUGGGUCGGCGUCGUUGCAUACGAUGCAAAAGGAGCACCCCAUGGAAGUGCCAGGAAUGUGAUGUGAUGUGGGACUAUGCUUGCAGUUAG